AUGGUACCUUCCUGUCAUCCACAGACAGGCAAGAACCCUCAAGGUCUCCCUUCCCCUCCAGUUUCAGUCCCCUUUUCCUCCCUCUCCUCCCCUUAUCCUCCUCUUAACCUCCUAGGCAUGAUCAGCUCUAACGUGCUGUGCUGGGCCUGUCUUGUCCAACAUCGCAAAUCGGGAUCCACACUGCCUCUCCUCUGGAGAGCUUCAAGGAGCCCGCGGCUCUCUCUGCUCUCCGUUGCUUCAACCAUCCCAGUGGGAGUUAGUGGGAUUUGGGAGGGGGGGGUAGAGGGGGGAAGUGAGGGAAUGGGGGGAGUGAGUGGAGGGCUUGGCUUGCGUUUCCUGCCAAGCGCGUUUGCUAGCCUUACCCACACGUGUCCUCGCUUCAUCGUCCUUACCACCCCUCCCGCCCCUCCCGCCCCUCCCCACCCUUUCCCACCCCUCCCACCCCUCCCCAUCCCUCCCCACCCCUCCCAUCCCUCGCCUCCCUUUUCCACCCCCCUGUGCUUGCAGCCGCAUGCAUGGCGCACAUGGGGUGGCAUGGCGCACAUGGGGUGGCAUGGAGCACAUGGGGUGGCAUGGCGCACAUGGGGUGGCAUGGCGCACAUGGGGUGGCAUGGCGCACAUGGGGUGGCAUGGCGCACAUGGGGUGGCAUGGCGCACAUGGGGUGGCAUGGAGCACAUGGGGUGGCAUGGAGCACAUGGGGUGGCAUGGAGCACAUGGGGUGGCAUGGAGCACAUGGGGUGGCAUGGCGCACAUGGGGUGGCAUGCAGCACAUGGGGUGGCAUGGAGCACAUGGGGUGGCAUGCGGCACAUGGGGUGGCAUGCAGCACAUGGGGUGGCAUGGAGCACAUGGGGUGGCAUGGAGCACAUGGGGUGGCAUGGCGCACAUGGGGUGGCAUGCAGCACAUGGGGUGGCAUGCAGCACAUGGGGUGGCAUGGCGCACAUGGGGUGGCAUGCAGCACAUGGGGUGGCAUGCAGCACAUGGGGUGGCAUGGCGCACAUGGGGUGGCAUGCAGCACAUGGGGUGGCAUGCAGCACAUGGGGUGGCAUGGAGCACAUGGGGUGGCAUGGAGCACAUGGGGUGGCAUGGAGCACAUGGGGUGGCAUGGAGCACAUGGGGUGGCAUGGAGCACAUGGGGUGGCAUGGAGCACAUGGGGUGGCAUGGAGCACAUGGGGUUGCAUGGAGCACAUGGGGUGGCAUGGAGCACAUGGGGUGGCAUGCAGCACAUGGGGUGGCAUGCAGCACAUGGGGUGGCAUGCAGCACAUGGGGUGGCAUGGCGCAAAUGGGGUGGCAUGGCGCACAUGGGGUGGCAUGGAGCACAUGGGGUGGCAUGGAGCACAUGGGGUGGCAUGGAGCACAUGGGGUGGCAUGGAGCACAUGGGGUGGCAUGGCGCACAUGGGGUGGCAUGCAGCACAUGGGGUGGCAUGCAGCACAUGGGGUGGCAUGCAGCACAUGGGGUGGCAUGCAGCACAUGGGGUGGCAUGGAGCACAUGGGGUGGCAUGCAGCACAUGGGUGGCAUGGAGCACAUGGGGAUGAGCACAUGGGGUGGCAUGGAGCACAUGGGGUGGCAUGGAGCACAUGGGGUCGCAUGGAGCACAUGGGGUGGCAUGGAGCACAUGGGGUGGCAUGGAGCACAUGGGGUGGCAUGGAGCACAUGGGGUGGCAGCACAUGGGGUGGCAUGCAGCACAUGGGGUGGCAUGCAGCACAUGGGGUGGCAUGGCGCAAAUGGGGUGGCAUGGCGCCCAUGGGGUGGCAUGCAGCACAUGGGGUGGCAUGGAGCACAUGGGGUGGCAUGGAGCACAUGGGGUUGCAUGGAGCACAUGGGGUGGCAUGCAGCACAUUGGGGUGGCAUGCAGCACAUGGGGUGGCACGGAGCACAUGGGGUGGCAUGGAGCACAUGGGGUGGCAUGCGGCACAUGGGGUGGCAUGCAGCACAUGGGGUGGCAUGCAGCACAUGGGGUGGCAUGGAGCACAUGGGGUGGCAUGGAGCACAUGGGGUGGCAUGGCGCACAUGGGGUGGCAUGCAGCACAUGGGGUGGCAUGCAGCACAUGGGGUGGCAUGGCGCACAUGGGGUGGCAUGCAGCACAUGGGGUGGCAUGCAGCACAUGGGGUGGCAUGGCGCACAUGGGGUGGCAUGCAGCACAUGGGGUGGCAUGCAGCACAUGGGGUGGCAUGGAGCACAUGGGGUGGCAUGGAGCACAUGGGGUGGCAUGGAGCACAUGGGGUGGCAUGGAGCACAUGGGGUGGCAUGGAGCACAUGGGGUGGCAUGGAGCACAUGGGGUGGCAUGGAGCACAUGGGGUUGCAUGGAGCACAUGGGGUGGCAUGGAGCACAUGGGGUGGCAUGGAGCACAUGGGGUGGCAUGCAGCACAUGGGGUGGCAUGCAGCACAUGGGGUGGCAUGCAGCACAUGGGGUGGCAUGGCGCAAAUGGGGUGGCAUGGCGCACAUGGGGUGGCAUGGAGCACAUGGGGUGGCAUGAAGCACAUCGGGUGGCAUGGAGCACAUGGGGUGGCAUGGAGCACAUGGGGUGGCAUGGCGCACAUGGGGUGGCAUGCAGCACAUGGGGUGGCAUGCAGCACAUGGGGUGGCAUGCAGCACAUGGGGUGGCAUGCAGCACAUGGGGUGGCAUGGAGCACAUGGGGUGGCAUGCAGCACAUGGGGUGGCAUGCAGCACAUGGGGUGGCAUGGAGCACAUGGGGUGGCAUGGAGCACAUGGGGUGGCAUGGAGCACAUGGGGUCGCAUGGAGCACAUGGGGUGGCAUGGAGCACAUGGGGUGGCAUGGAGCACAUGGGGUGGCAUGGAGCACAUGGGGUGGCACGGAGCACAUGGGGUGGCAUGCAGCACAUGGGGUGGCAUGCAGCACAUGGGGUGGCAUGGCGCAAAUGGGGUGGCAUGGCGCACAUGGGGUGGCAUGCAGCACAUGGGGUGGCAUGGAGCACAUGGGGUGGCAUGGAGCACAUGGGGUUGCAUGGAGCACAUGGGGUGGCAUGCAGCACAUGGGGUGGCAUGCAGCACAUGGGGUGGCACGGAGCACAUGGGGUGGCAUGGAGCACAUGGGGUGGCAUGGAGCACAUGGGGUUGCAUGCAGCACAUGGGGUGGCAUGCAGCACAUGGGGUGGCAUGGCGCAAAUGGGGUGGCAUGGCGCACAUGGGGUGGCAUGCAGCACAUGGGGUGGCAUGGAGCACAUGGGGUGGCAUGGAGCACAUGGGGUGGCAUGGAGCACAUGGGGUGGCAUGGAGCACAUGGGGUUGCAUGGAGCACAUGGGUUGGCAUGGAGCACAUGGGGUUGCAUGGAGCACAUGGGGUGGCAUGGAGCACAUGGGGUGGCAUGGAGCACAUGGGGUGGCAUGGAGCACAUGGGGUGGCAUGGAGCACAUGGGGUGGCAUGGAGCACAUGGGGUGGCAUGGAGCAGAGCAAUUAGGCCACCCGUGCGAACAGACAUCAGCAGCCUAGGCCCGGCCCAGGACUCACUCCCUGACUCUGCCCUCCUCUGCCCCUCUUCAUUUCACCCUCCUAAAGACCCAACCGAAUUUCCUCUUCCCUCCGUCCCUCUCGGUUUCCCUUUCCCUCUGUCCCUUCCCCAUUUCCCCUUCCCUCUGUCCCUUCCCCAUUUCCCCUUCCCUGUGUCCCUCGCCAUUUCCCCUUUCCCCUGUCACUCCAUAUUUCCCCUUCCCCCAGUCGCUCAGCAUUUCCCCUGGUCCCUUACCAACCCCAUUUCCCCUUCCUUCUGUCCCUUCCCCAUUUCCCCUUCCUUCUGUCCCUUCCCCAUUUCCCCUUCCUUCUGUCCCUUCCCCAUUUCCCCUUCCCUUCUGUCCCUUCCCCAUUUCCCCUUCCCUCUGUCCCUUCCCCAUUUCCCCUUCCCUCUGUCCCUUCCCCAUUUCCCCUUCCCUCUGUCCCUUCCCCAUUUCCCCUUUUUUCUGUCCCUUCCCCAUUUCCCCUUCCCUCUGUCCCUUCCCCAUUUCCCCUUCCCUCUGUCCCUCGCCAUUUCCCCUUCCCUCUGUCCCUUCCCCAUUUCCCCUUCCCUCUGUCCCUUCCCCAUUUCCCCUUCCUUCUGUCCCUUCCCCAUUUCCCCUUCCUUCUGUCCCUUCCCCAUUUCCCCUUCCUUCUGUCCCUUCCCCAUUUCCCCUACCCCCUGUCCCUCCCCAUUUCCCUUUUUCCCUGUGUGUCACUCCCCAUUCCCCCUUCCCUUUGCCCCUCUUCCUUUCACCCUCCGAAAGUACCAACCCCAUUUCCCCUUCCUUCUGUCCCUUCCCCAUUUCCCCUUCCUUCUGUCCCUUCCCCAUUUCCCCUUCCUUCUGUCCCUUCCCCAUUUCCCCUUCCCUCUGUCCCUCGCCAUUUCCCCUUCCCUCUGUCCCUUCCCCAUUUCCCCUUCCUUCUGUCCCUUCCCCAUUUCCCCUUCCUUCUGUCCCUUCCCCAUUUCCCCUUCCUUCUGUCCCUUCCCCAUUUCCCCUUCCUUCUGUCCCUUCCCCAUUUCCCCUUCCUUCUGUCCCUUCCCCAUUUCCCCUUCCUUCUGUCCCUUCCCCAUUUCCCCUUCCUUCUGUCCCUUCCCCAUUUCCCCUUCCCUUCUGUCCCUUCCCCAUUUCCCCUUCCCUCUGUCCCUUCCCCAUUUCCCCUUCCCUCUGUCCCUUCCCCAUUUCCCCUUCCCUCUGUCCCUUCCCCAUUUCCCCUUUUUUCUGUCCCUUCCCCAUUUCCCCUUCCUUCUGUCCCUUCCCCAUUUCCCCUUCCCUCUGUCCCUCGCCAUUUCCCCUUCCCUCUGUUCCUUCUACAUUUCCCCUUCCCUCUGUCCCUUCCCCAUUUCCCCUUCCUUCUGUCCCUUCCCCAUUUCCCCUUCCUUCUGUCCCUUCCCCAUCUCCCCUUCCUCCCUUCCCCAUUUCCCCUUCCUUCUGUCCCUUCCCCAUUUCCCCUUCCUUCUGUCUCUUUCCCAUUUCCCCUUCCCCAUUUCCCCAUUUCGCCGUGUGGGGAGAUAUCACCUGAGGAUAUGGAGGGGGAAAGCCGGGCAGGGGAUGGGGGGAAGCAGGGAAGGGGAUGGGGGGAAGCAGGGAAGGGGAUGGGGGGAAGCAGGGUGGGGGAGGGGGGGAAUUAGGGCGUGCACGAGAGAGGAGGGGUACAUGGCCUGCUGUCCCUCCCCCUCUGUUCCUCCCCCUCUGUCCUUAGCCUGCUGUCUCUCCCCCUCUGUCCUUAGCCUGCUGUCUCUCCCCCUCUGUCCUUCCCCUUCUGCCUCUCCCAAUCUGUCCUUCCCCCUCUGUCUCUCCCCCUGUGUCCUUGCCCCUUUGUCUCUCCCACUCGGUCCUGGGAGACGAGGCGAAGGCGACGAGGAGACUCAGGAAAAUUGA